AUCUUCAUUUGUCCUUUCGGAGUACUUUUUAUUUACUUCAACUGGUCUCGGGAAUAUUAAUAAGCCGCUUCUUUUAUUCAGUCCGGCUAUUUUCGCCUUCAAAAUUCAUUUCUUUCCUUCUCGCUGCUGCCUAUUUAAUUUGAACCAGUUAAGAUGCAUAAUUAGUAUUUCAAUCUUUCCUCCAAUCCUCUUUCCUCUCUCUCUCUCCCGUUCUCACUCUCCCUCCCUCUCCCGCACUCUAUUUCUCACUCACACAAUUUCUGCAUGUCUCUGUCUCUACGGCAACCAAUGCUUUCCCCCACUUCCAGGCGCUCAGCCUCUCUCCCACUCCCUUCUUCAGUGGCACGAGAGAUGAUCGGAGCGGCGAGGAGUCAGUGAACAGGCAGAAGCGAUGGAGCGAUGGUAAGCCAGAGCGUACUGUUUGGGUUGCACUCUGCUCUCAGAUCUGACCAGUUAAUUUCAGCAGCCCGUUGGGUUGCAUCAGCUCCUGCUUUAAGUCUCUUUCCAUCUGUGCAAGGUUCACGCCUCUCUCACUUAUGUGCUCACUUUUUCCGAUCUCUAGCUUUUCCUUUUCAAUCCCUCCUUCCGUCUUUUUCGUUGCUUGUCUCUCCUUCCCUCCCAGCUCCAUCUCUCCCCACAUUGGAUUCAUUCCCCUUUGGAGCUUCCUGCUGGUCACUGUCAUUUUUUGCACUGCCACCGGUGACACAGAUGACAGGAAGUGGGAGGAGUUGGCUGAAAUGCAGAUGCCAGUCACGGCGCAGGCCAGCACCACCCAGCUCUGGGCGGUGGACUGGGGUCCCACGCAGCCCCUGGAGGACGAGACCCAUCAUCUCAUGUCCAGCCUGGAGACGGACAGUUUGAAGGCGACCACGUCCGAGGACUGGUCCCAUCGUCGAAAUGCGCCUGUCAAUCAAACACAACGUCCGACUGCUGGAGAGAAAACGGAGACAGAGGAGCAGGACACAGAGGAAGUGGACCCACAGUUUUAUGUGACGGUGACGAUUUCAUCUCUGCUGAUUCUGUCCGCGGUCGUCAUCUCAGCUAAACUCUGUUAUGACCGCAGUCUCUCUCAGCGUCCCCCGCCGCUCUCUCUCGCCAUCCCCCGACCCAUCGCUCAGGAGGACAGCAGGCAGACUCUGCACAGCACUCCAUCCUUCCCCGACAGAGAGAGGAUACCGGUGGUCAAUCUUUGAAGAGCCGACUGUUCCAAGCGUGAUAAUCGAAUCCCGCGGGCUUGAUACGGACUCCGGUGUGGCCGUUGGUGUGAAGCAUCUGAAUGUACAUAACUUGUAGAUAUAUAGACGACACCUGUGUGGAUAUAUAUAUAUAUGGAUGCAUACAUUUGCUUGGACGCUCUGAUGGAGGUUUUGUGGUCCAAUGGCUCUUCGUUUCAGGCUCUACAUCUUUCUUCCAGUGCUGUUUGUACAGUAUUACACUCAUUAGCCCAAGGGCUCCAGGAACGCUACGUCCUCUACCAUGAAAACAAUCAUUAGCUUCUGAUCUUGGAAUAAGCUGUGAUGUAUGUAGUCAUUAAUUUAGUAUCCGGCGUGACUUGCUCGCAGUAGCCUAUGUCUCAUAAACACAAAGGUUACAGCUGCCUAGCACUGCCUUUUCUCGCACUUUGUGUAGCAUUUAUUUGGGCUUAACGAAUGACUGCAGUUAUUUCGAGGAGUUAAAUAUAACUCCCAUCAUCUGUUUA